GUCUAAGCUGCAGCAAAUUUUCAAAAACAAAACAAUUUAUCGGUUAGAUUAACUUUCAUUUAAUGAAAUAACAUCUUAUCAUGGUAGAAAAUCAAACAACCGAUUUGGCCGAGGAUCUGCCGACAAAAGAGGAAUGCGAGUACACAUCCUGCUACUGUGAGGAGAAUAUAUGGAAACUAUGUGAGAGAUUAAGAGAUACGGGUUCGAAUAUUUUUUGUGAUACUUAUGCAGUGUUCGUUACGAAUGCCGCCAGGAAAACCCUAGUCUGGUGCCAGAUGAAAGGAAAUGCCAAGGAUAAUUUGGCAAUCUGGGAUUAUCAUGUGUUUUUAGUAGCUAAAUGCUCGGAGAAAUUUGUGGUUUUCGACUUUGACACUACACUCGAUAUACCAUGCCUAUUUACUGAGUACUUUCAAAAGGCUGUGAGGCUUGAAGACAAUUUUCUGCCUGAUUUCAAAAGGGUGUUUCGUGUAAUACCUGCUUCGGUUUAUUUGACAUCAUUUGCUUCUGACAGGAGCCACAUGAAGGACAAAAACGGACAGUUUAUGAGUCCACCUCCUUUGUACCCGCCUAUUUUUUGUGGUGAUUGCAAAAACAAUUUUCAAGAUUUUCUUUCCGUCGAUCCAAACGUCGGAGUAGGUGAAAUUAUCGAUGUUGAAGGCUUUUGGAAAAAAUUUACAAGUUGAUUUAUUAUUUUAUCUCUGUGUAUUUAAUAAUUGUUUGUGAUUUUACCAUAGCCACUUACACUGUAACCAGUCCACUUCUUACUGGAUUUUUUAGUUUUUCAUUAAGUUUGUACAAUUGUUUGAUAAAGUUUAAGUUAAGUUUUAAGGCUUUUGAACAUGUUGUAUUUUAAUAUUAAACAAUUUAUUUAUA